UUCGGCGUGCUUGACCACGGUGGACCUGCCACGAGGUGCUGGUCAGGCUGCUGCAGUGAUAGACUUCCUAAAACAGACCGACUGGAUCCUGAUGGUUUCAGACACUCUCAUCCUCCGGGCCAACUUCUACCACCCUGACGUCAAGCUGUUCAGCAGCGUGGUGUUCAGGCUGCAGUACCUCCCAGGGGGCGCUGCUGAACUCCAGCCCAGUAUCCAGACCUUCCGGCUGUUCCAGUACCAGACAGCAGACGACUAUGUCCAGAUGCUUUUCCACAUCUUGUUCGUCCUUUUCUACAUCUACAACGUCCUAAAUGAGGUUUGGAAUAUACGGAAGAGCGGUCGUGCGUACUUCGCCAGUUUCUGGAACAUCUUGAUCCUGUGCAACAUUGGCUUGUCGACAGCCGUCAUUGUGACCUUCGCACUUCGGUACAUCCAGGCAGCUGCCACACUGCGUGAUAUACAACAAGCAAAAGAGCUGUUCGGUAUCAAUGAGUUUGUAGACAUCAGUACCGCAGGUCAAUGGGACGCUACCUUCAAGGAGGUUCUGUCCUUCUCCAUCUUCAUCAGUACCUUCAGCAUCCUGCGUGUCCUCAACUUCUCCAGGGGCGUGGCUACCGUCUACGCUCUGCCUCGUGUACGUACAGUAGAAAUCAUCUUGAACAUCUCCAGCAAAAAUGUUAAGGCUUUCAUCCUAUACGGCGAAGCCUUCGGGUUUGCGGUGUACAUGCUGCUAAUCAUAUUGGCCUACGGCAUCAGUGGGGUUUUGAUCUUCGGCAACAACAUGGAGAUCUUCUCCGGCUUUAAGCAAACGUCGUACGUGCUGUUUGAGAUGGGCUUGGGGAGGCCGUUCGUCGGUGUCUUUGCGGACGAUAUGAAGGCAGUGGAUCGAGUCAUGGGACCUCUGUACUAUUCUACAUUCGUCAUGGUCUUCGUCUUUUACCUGAUGAAUCUGGGAGUGGGGAUGCUCUGUAACUGGCUGAGCUACUGUCAGACGUCAGACGACAUCGGCGUGGACACGGCGAUGGGAGAUUACUUCUGGAACUCCUUCAGGAGUCUUCUGGGCAUGCGUCAUGAGUCCCAGACCUCUGACGAUGAAGCACCACUUCCGGACCACUUCAUAGAAGAGACCCUCCAGCGGACUGAAACGGUACUGCAGGAAGUAGACAGGGUGACUGACGUGAUGUACAAAUUUGAGUGCAAGAAGCGUCAGCUGAUUCCACUGUGUGACGUUCAACCAAGUACUUCACAAGCUUGAAGUCUCACAAAUGACCACACGCUCGACACAGCUAAAUCACUGUGCGAAAGUACCAUAUAGGAUUUCAUCAAGUGAGAUCCUGGCUAGCUAAACAAAAAAAAAAGUUUUAUAUUUCUAUUACGACAAUGAAGAGAUGAAAUGUAAUGAAUGGAUAACAUAUGUGACGCAUGUGUUCGCGAACUAUAAAGUUACAAUGACUAAAGCAUGUAAAUUCGCACCAGUUCUCUAUUAUACAUAUCAAUAGGGAAAUCAAUGAUAUAAUAAAGAGUGGAUCAGUGUGUAUCAGUUUGA